ACAAAUCGAGUUUGUUGCAAAACCGGAAGAGCCAAGCAGAGAGAGAGGAAUAAGUAAAGCUGGAAAAAGAACGGGAAAGACGACUAGCUUCAGUGAUUCAAACAUGCCCGAAUCUGAGAGUUCUCCACCAAAUCCAUGGCCAUGUCCUCACUUCCCCACUUCUCUCUACCUCAUCCCUCUCCUUUCUUCUGGCCAAGAUCCUGACUUUUUCCGCCCUCUCUCCACGCGGCAGCCUUGCCUACGCCAAACAGCUCAUAUCCAGAAUUCCAAACCCCGGGAUUUUCUCUUACAAUUCACUAAUUAGAGGGUUCUUGGAGUCUCAAGCACCACCCCGUGAGGCCAUCUUUAUUUUCAAGAGUCUGCUCCGAAAAAGUUACCCUAAAUCGAACACUUUCACGUUGGCCUUUGUCCUCAAGUCUUGUUCGGUCCUGCUAGCGUUUACGGAAGGCCAACAGGUUCACAAGCAUGUAAUUCAAUCUGGGUAUGGAUCAAGUUCCUUCGUCCAGACCUCAUUACUGAAUUUUUACGCCAAGUGUGAGGAGAUUGAGCUAAGCGAGAAGGUGUUUGAUGAAAUUCCAGAGAGAAAUGUGGUGUCUUGGAGUGCGAUGAUCAAUGGGUAUUCAAGACUGGGGAUGGCUGAACAGGCUUUAGAUUCAUUCAGGAAUAUGCAGAAGUCUGGUAUUCCGCCUGAUAAGGUGGCACUCGUGAGUGUGAUCUCUGCGUGUGCCAUGUCUGAAGCUUUGGAUUUGGGGGAAUGGCUGCAUGCUUACAUAGAUAAGAAGGGGAUUGAGAAUGAUCUUGAACUUAGUACUGCACUUGUCAACAUGUAUGCAAAAUGUGGAUGCAUUGAAAGGGCAAAUGAAGUGUUUGAAGCGAUCCCUGUUAAGGAUGUCAAGGCUUGGGGCUCGAUGAUAUAUGGAUUGGCAAUUAAUGGCCAAGCAGAAGGUGCAUUGAAAUCCUUUACCAGAAUGGAAGACACUAAGGUGAUGCCUAACCAUGUUACUUUUGUUGGAGUCUUAGUGGCGUGCUCUCAUAGUGGAUUGGUUUCGGAGGGAAAAAAGUAUUGGUCAAAGAUGAUUGAAUCUGGGAUUGAUCCAUCUUCGGAGCAUUAUGGUUUGAUGGUUGAUCUUUUUUGCCGAUCAAACUUAAUCGAAGAUGCCUAUUCUUUUGUGGAUUCCAUGCUAAUCCCCCCAAACCCAGCAAUACUCCGUAGCUUACUAGUGGGUUGCAAAAAGAAGAAGAUGCUAGAAAGAGGCGAAAUGACCGCCAAACGCCUCAUCGAGAUAGAACCGCACAAUGCAGAGAACUAUAUCUUGUUGUCUAGCUUAUACGCUUCUGUUUCAGAUUGGGAGGGAAUGAGACAAGUGAGGAAAAAAAUGAAAGACAAAGAAAUCAAGAAUGCUCCUGGUUGUAGCUCCAUUGAAAUUGACGGGUUUGUGCACGAAUUCACAAUGGGUGAUUCUUCUCAUCCUGAAUCCGAGGAGAUAAAUGGUAUCUUAAGUGAAAUAUCGGAUCGCGUAAAUGGGUCGGGUCAUGAACCGUGGGUUUCUUGUGUACUACAUGACGUUAGCGAUGAAGAGAAAGAAAAUGCACUGUGCCAACACAGUGAGAGGUUGGCUAUUGGUUAUGGCCUUUUGAAAACGAAAGCACCAAAGAUCAUUAGGGUGGUAAAGAAUCUGAGAGUUUGUAGGGAUUGUCAUGAAGUGACAAAGAUCAUUAGUAGGCUGUAUAAUAGGGAAAUCAUUGUUAGAGACCGUGUUAGGUUUCACAAGUUUAUAGAUGGAUCUUGCUCUUGUAGAGAUUUUUGGUGAUUCUUAUCGUGGAGAGUAUUUGAGCCUUAGUUCGUACGAGUAGUAUUAUCUUGAAAUCUUUUCCCCAUCUAUGAGUCUCAUUCACUACUUGCGGUCUCAUGUGAGUCAAAAUUGUAGAAAAGGUAUGUGUUUGGAAAAAUAAAGAGAAAUGAAAUUU